AAACUUUUCAAGUGUUAUUAUCCAUACGGAACAACAGAAGAAGUCUUUAGAUUGUACCUACUUUCAAGUUGGCAACUUUCAAUAGUUUUACACGAUACGAAUAAUAAUCACCGGUUAAUCUACAUACCUUAUCUAUUUUUGAUACCAAGAACAACUAAUCGCCCAUCAAUGUGGAUCCGCACUGCCUUCUGCAUUUCUGUUCUUUACGCGUCAGUUCAGACAGUGAGCUCAAACAUGGAUUCAAAGGCUCUCUCCUCGUCCAUUGCCCAGUUUUCAGCCAGAUUUUGUAAUGAACUAGACAAGACCAAGAAUGUGGUGUCCUCACCUUUAUCAGCAGAAUUCGUUUUGGCCCUUGUUGCUUUAGGAUCUGAGGGAGAUGCUCAUUCUGAACUUUUGACUGGACUCGGCAUUCCUGAUGAUGAUGCUAUUCGUUUUGCAUUUUCAACUGUAUCUCAAAAACUGAAAGCAGUAAAAGGUGUUACUCUAAAUGUUGCUAAUAAAGUUUAUGUAAAAGAGGGUGACUAUGAUUUGAACGAGCAGUUGAAGAAUGAUGCUAUUAAAGUUUUCGAUGCAGGUCUUGAGAAACUCAAUUUUGAUAAUGGGGCUGCUGCAGCUAAACUUAUCAACCAAUGGGUUGAAAGCAAAACCAAUAACAAAAUAAAGGAGCUUCUCACAUCAGACUGCCUCAAUGAGGAUACACGACUUGUGCUGGUUAACGCACUUUACUUUAAGGGGCAAUGGAGUAAACAAUUCGACCGCAACAACACUAGUGAUCAGCCUUUCUAUAUCAAUGAGGAAACCACUGUUGAUGUUCCCAUGAUGUAUAGAGAAGACGACUACUGGUAUGGGGAAAGUCAGGAAUUGGGAGUGCAGUUGCUCCGAAUCUCAUACGUCGGCAAUGAAGCCAGCAUGCUUAUACUUUUGCCUAACGAGAUCACCGGCUUGGACACGGUGCUAAAGAAGCUGGCCGAGGGCUACGACCUCUUGGCUGAACUGGACAAAAUGUAUAACACGAAGGUCCAAGUUAGCAUUCCUAAGUUCAAGAUUGAAACCGAAAUCGACCUCGGUGAAGUUCUGCCAAAGCUCGGCAUCAAAUCGAUCUUCAACCGUGGUAAUUCUGGACUAUCGAAGAUUCUUAACAAGCCGGAGGAGAUCUACGUGUCCAAGGCUGUACAGAAAGCCUUUAUUGAAGUCAACGAGGAAGGCGCCGAGGCCACAGCGGCUACGGGCAUGGUGAUGAUGAUGCGGUGCGCCCGGCCGCCUUCGCCGCUGUUCCAAGCCGAUCGGCCUUUCCUCUACGCGCUGCUUGAUGGCCAAACGGAGCUCUUCAUCGGCGUCUACCGCGCACCCUAAAGCGAAGGAGGCACCGAUAAUAUAUCCACACUGAUCACGAAGCACGUUUAAUAAAACACGCUAUAUUUAGUAUAUCUAUAUUUUUUUAUCGGGCAAGUGUUUGAUGUAAUUCUAAUUAUUUGAUUGAAGUAUAUACUAUUAAUAAAUUAUGAAAAUCAAAAAUUAAAUAUGGCUCACUUGCCUUAUUUAUAUUGCCUCAUUAUAUGCAACGUGCUGUCCACAAUAGCGGCUAACAUACUCACAAUCGAGCCGAUUCACCAACACGGCCAGCUAGCAAUUGGUGCUCCUCCGCUCAUAACGCUUGAGCAAAAUGCAAAAAAGUAAUAUAAAAAUCAUUAUUGAUUGUGUAUCAAUGCACAUUGAUAAUAUUUGCUGUAUUGGAUGAUUUGAUUCAUGCACUAACCUGCUACGUUCACUUAUUUUUAAAUAGCCCACUAAACAAAUAUUACGACCUCGCUUAUCCUCAUAAAAAAAACCUUUAACCAUAUUUUAUUUUUAUGGUUACCUACCUAAAGUUAUAUAAUUGUUACCGCAACUUAUGAUCAUUUUUAACACUUGUGGAUUCGCUAAGUCAUGACUGACUUUGCGUAAUUUAUUUCUCGUAACAAACUUACUAAAUAAACAUUUUUUUCUUUAUUGUAUUAAUUUUAUUAUAUUAUCAUACUGCUCGCAUAUAUUUACCACGACAAUAUUAAAUCGAUAGCUAACUGUUGAAAAUUAUAAUUAUUCAUAAAAUAUUUGUUCGUCCGUGUUCGUUCAGCGUUUCUUUUUUAAUAAUAUUUCUUGUAUAUUGUAACUUUAAUAUUAUUUUUGACCUCGCAUUAAACUACAGAGAUAGACAUAUCUAAACUACAAAAAAACAGCUAUUUGAUAAAAAAAUAGUACCUAGUAUAAAAAAUGGGUAUUCUCUUUUUUUAGCAUCAUAAUCAAUUUAAUUUACGCCCGGUUAUGUUUUUAAUUUUAUGCGCAUGGUUAUUUAAAAGCGAUAUAACUAGUAAUCAAAAUAAUGUAUCAUGUUACGGUCAAAUAAGCGAGCACAUUAAUUAAAUAUAAAAUAAUAAUGAAAGAAGCCAUUUUAACUUAAUAAUGGCUUCUUAUUAAAAUGUUUGCGAACAAGACAUUGUUUUGCGAGAACAACUUUAGAAUUCGUUCUUAAAGAAUCACCAAAUGUUCAAAAACUAUAAUUUUAACGAGAUUCUGUUGAUGCCCAUCGUUCAUUAAAGAACUCUUGGUUGACCAGAGCAUGGGAUAGUGCAAGAAUCAUCUUAAUAAUAACAAAUUGUGUUUAUCUGUAUAUUAUAAGUAUUUAUGUAUAUUACUUAUAAAAAAUAUUCAUCAGU